AUGGUGGUGCGCGAGGCGCCCCCGCUGGAGCAGGUGCAGCGGCUCGGCGCGCAGCUGCUGCAGUCGCGGGAGCACGUCAACAACGUCGUCGCGCUGCUGCGGUUCGCGGCGCAUCGCGACGGCGCGGUGGCGGCGGAGGCGGUGACGGUGCUGCAGGCGUUCUUCGCGCAGCUGCUCCGCUCGCACGAGCUGCUCCUCCACCCCGCCCCCGCCAACCGUGCGGGCGGUGCGAGCGGGCGGGCGGGGGAGGAGCGGGCGAAAGAGGAGGUGUAUCAGCAGUGGGCGCGCGCGCGGUAUGGCGAGUACACGGGCGCGCUCAAGGCGCGCCUCAGAUCCGCGGAGAGCAGCGCCGCCAGCAAGCGCAUAGCAGUGGAGCAUCUGAUGGAGCUGGCUCGUUUGGAAAAGAAGGGCGGCCUGGCUGGCGCCACCAUCAAUAAAAUACUCAUCCCGCUGGUGGAGGGCGAGGCGGGCGACCCCUCAGUGCUCGCCAAGUUUGCCUGCUUCUUCACCCAUGCUGACGUCAGGCGGCAUGUGUACGGGGCAGUGGAGCAGUUGUGUGCGACCAUGGCUGCUGCUGCCGUCAAUCACUCGAACGUGGCUCAGGAUGGAGCGCAUGCAGCGCCCUCAGCUGCCGCCAAGAGAGUGAGUGGUUGUCCGCCUGCCCACACCCCACCCGAUCCGCCCAUGUGCUUCCCUUCCCUGUAUCACGUACCACACCACCAGCGCCUCCACUCACAGUGCGUGCAUCCCCAUUGGCUGCGCCUCACACCUCCUGCUGUGCUGCGAUCUUCUCUUCUCACCUAUCCUGUCUUCUCCCCAAUACUAACCACUCCCUCCACGCACCAAUCACAGGACGCCAUGUGUCUCAACAUACUGGACGUGCUGCUAGCCAUGCCCAUGCCGCCUGCCCCCAAGGCGGGCGGCAAGAGGCUGCUGGCGGAGGUGGGGCAGGGCGGGGGCGAGCAGGACGAGUUGCUCUCCACGUGGGCGCUGCCUGCACCCCCCUCUGGUGCGUGCUGCCUUCCUUGGGUUGCGUCCCCACCGUUCGCUUCUCUCUCACUUGCCGUUCUCGCGUCUCUCUCACUUGCCGUUCUCGCUUCUCUCUCACUUGCCGUUCUCGCUUCUCUCUCACUUGGGCUCAUCUCCCUGGCCACCACCCCCUCACUUCCGCUCUGCCUUGCGCUCGUCUCUUCCCCAACCCCUGUGGAGCGCAGGGGGAGCGCAGCAGCGGGGGGGCAAGCAGAGUGUGGGUGGCAAGCGAGGGAGACAGGCAGGGCAGCAGCGCAGCAGGAAACGGGCUGCGGGGAUGAAAGACGAGGGGGGGAGGGAGGAAGAGGGGGAGCAGGGGGAGGGGGAGGCGGAGGAGAGGUGGGCAGUGGUGGUGGGGGAGGAGCGCAAGGCACUGGCAGGGGCGUGGCUGGGGCUGCUCGCCCUGCCUCUGCCCCUCGAAGCCUACAAGAAGGUCGGUACCCCCGCCUCCUCGUCACACCCCGCACCCCUUCUGCCCCAACGUCUCCACCUCCCCUCCUCCCCCCCCGCCCCCCCCCUCCCUCUUCCACACAUGCUACAAUGAAACCUUUAGCCUGUGCUGGGUCGACUGCACAACCUCAUCCCACAUCUGCCCAAUCCCUUGCUGCUCAGGUGCACUCCUGCCCUCCCCCCACCCCUCUCACCUCUCACCUCGUCCAAUGCAUCGACUUCCUCACAGCAUCGUACGAGCAGGGAGGGGCGUGUGCGGUGGCAGCACUGGCGUCGCUGUUCCGGCUGGUGACGGAGCACGGCUUGGAGGCGCCGCACUUCUACCCGCGCCUCUAUCGCCUGCUCGACUCCUCCGUCUUCCGCGCCACCCACCGCGCCAAGUUCUUUGAGCUGCUGGAUUUGAGUCUGGCAUCACCUCUGCUCCCGGCGUACAUGGCAGCAGCCUUCACGAAGCAGCUCUUCCGUCUGUCGCUCUGUGCACCCCCCUCGGGCGCCAUAGUGGUCGUGGCGCUCGCCCACAACCUGCUGCGCCGCCACCCCGCCAUCGCCCCCCUCGUGCACCGCGCUGCCACCCCUGACACAUUCCAGGACAGCAGCAGUGACGAGGAGGAUGAAGGGGAAGACAAGCAAAGCACGCAGCGAGGGCAGGACGGGCAGGCCCAGCAGGAAGGGGAUAACAAGGAAGGGGAGAAGGCGGGGAAUGGCAAAGGCGAGGAGAGAAAUGCUGAUGGAGAGGAGGGUUCAGCUGGAGAGGAGGGAAGGGGGAGAAAAGACGGCCAAGGGAAAGGAGGAGGGAGUGGAGAGAGCGCAGCAGGAGCAGGGGAGGAGGGAGGCAGAGAGGGGAGGGCGACAGGGAGGGAUCCAUUUGAUGAGGAUGCUACCGACCUCAUGGCUGCCCGCGCCCUUGGUACGCUCAAAACCAUUACAUUAGACAGCAGCCUGUGGGAGGUGGAGGCACUGCAGCGCCACUACUGCCCCGCUGUCUCACGGUUCGUGGCGUCACUGGAGAAGGACCUGUCGGAGCGCAGCAGCACGGUGGAGCUCAACGUCGCUGACUUCUCCGCCACCUCCUACGGCACCAUCAUGGCCGACGAGUUGGGGCGGCGAGUGAAGGCGGUGCCGCUGGCCUUCUUUGAGCGCACACCAACCACCCUCUUCCCCACCUCCUCAUCCUCAUCGUCUGCAUCUGCCAUUCCACAAUUUGGUAGUUUCCCCGGGUGGAAGUUGUUUUAA